AUGGCCACCAUCACUUCCCCACGCCCCGACCCAGUCCAGCGGAUCACCUCACCAUCGUUACCCAGCGUAAGCGGGACACCCUCGUCGUCUGUCCGACCCUCGCUAGAUCUCCCAAGGACAAACAACCCUACAUCUCCGGCCUUGCAGCAAAGUGCGACUCCCGGGGCCGCAACAGCACAGAGGCGUAACCGAGCUGCGUUAAGAGACUACUACAACCUCAAAUCCAAGGCCGCUUCCGCAGCAGGAGGGCCCGAACAGCGCGAUGGAAGCCGUACAGCGAGCAUAACGUCAUUGGGAUCCGACUCGACGAUCACUUCCUCCGCCGCUGUGCCGGAGUCAACCGCCUCGUCCCUGACUGCGCAGUUAGACGAUCCGAGCUUCAAUGCAGAGGCCUACGUUGCCGAACUCUUGAAGAACGCCAGCCUGCGUGACAUUCUGAAGACGGAGAGUGCGUUGGUGAGCGAAAUCAGGACGCUUGAUGGCGAACGCAAAGCUUUGGUUUACGAUAAUUACAGCAAGCUGAUCAAAGCGGUGGGUACGAUCGCAGAGAUGCAGAAGGGGAUGCACAAGAAUGGAGAACAAGAUAGACUGGCGGCCGCGUUGGGAAAGCAGAAGGAUCACCAAUCCGCAGGACUUGACGGCGUAAAGGAAGUUGGGCAUAAGCUGGAUGGACUGUUGACGGUGAUAAAAGGGCUGAGUCUGGGAGAGACGGAGGCGACCAGGCAAAUCGCACAGUCCAGAGAGCUCAGGAGACAGCAGGAGACCGUGAGAUGGGCCCUGGACGCGCCACACCGAUUACAGAGCCUGAUUGAUGAUGAUCGGAGAGAUGAAUCCGAGCACUUAUACACGUCCGUCCUCGACCUGCUAAGCAAAUGGGACGGCGUUGAGGGCGCUGAUGAGCUAAGACAGAAGUGUGCAGAGGUCAUGAAUCAGACAAGCGAACACCCCAAUGAAGAACACCGAGAUGAUGCAGGAUGA